AUGACCUGUCGCAGUUUCCUGCUGGUGCUGCUGGCCGUUUGCACCUGCACUGUCCUGGCGGCGAGCGAUGCCGCAGCCUCUCAACUACCCAAGUCGGUUACUUUGUCGUACGAAUUGAUCGGAUCUCCCUCAGUCAAACCGCUUGUUACUAUAUUUUAUGAUCCGAAGACUUCUAAGCACGCUUUGUCUUCAUGGACACCUCCAUCUCUCGAGUCACUCCAAUCGACCACCCCCGAACCCACCUCGUCGAAGCUGCUUCGGAUUGUUUUGCCUAAUGGUAGUUCUACUGUAACAACCCUUGAUACAUUCGGCAAGGAUGUCCACCAGAAAAUCGAUCUCUGGAUAUCUCCAGACGACGGAUCAGUUCUCUCUGCCUCGGUCUCGGGCCUUUCACCACCCCCGUUGACCGCGGAAGAAGAACGGUAUCAGAAGAAAGUUGAAAGAGCUAAGGCUAAGGGAAGGCCCAUACCACCUCCGCCUCCGGUGCCAAACACAAAGAAAGCAAGAGAAGAAGCAGCCAAAGCAGCAGCUCUUCAUGAGCCCAUCAAAGUCAGCCUUAUCACCUCCGGCGCUGGCCCCUCACCUGACCUCGCAACUCGGAAACCACCUCAGGUUGAUGCUGAAGGCAGAGAGAUUGUGCAGGAAGAACAACAAGAGAAGAGCUUCUUCCAGAAGUACUGGUGGGUGUUUUUGAUCGCUACUAUGCUUAUGAUGGGUGACGGUGGAGGAGGAGAUAAAUAA